AUGCGGUCGACUCCUGUUCUCCGUACCGCCCUUGCGGCUGCUCUCCCCUUCACUGUCCUGGCUGCCGACGGCAAGUCCACUAGGUACUGGGACUGCUGCAAGCCUUCUUGCUCGUGGCCCGGCAAGGCUGCUGUGAGCCAACCCGUCUUCGCCUGUGACCGCAACUUCAACCGCAUCUAUGACUUCGGUGCCAAGUCUGGCUGCGAGGGCGGUCCGGCCUAUUCUUGCGCCGACCAGACCCCGUGGGCUGUCAACGACCAAUUCUCGUACGGCUUCGCUGCCACCAACAUUGCCGGCGGUAACGAGGCUUCAUGGUGCUGCGCUUGCUACAAGCUCACCUUCACCUCGGGGCCCGUGGCCGGCAAGGUCAUGGUUGUCCAGUCGACCAGCACGGGCGGUGACCUUGGCAACAACCAUUUCGACCUGAACAUCCCAGGUGGAGGCGUUGGUAUCUUCGAUGGUUGCACGCCCCAGUUCGGCGGUCUGCCCGGCGAGCGGUACGGCGGGAUCUCGUCGCGCAGCCAGUGCGACAGCUUCCCGGAUGCCCUCAAGCCUGGCUGCUACUGGCGCUUCGACUGGUUCCUGAACGCUGACAACCCGAACUUCACCUUCGAGCGCGUCCAGUGUCCUUCCGAGCUUGUUGCCCGCACCGGCUGCAAGCGCAAUGACGACGGCAACUACCCCGUCUUCACUCCUCCUUCGGGAGACAGCCCCAGCAGCAGCAGCGCUGCUCCUACCUCCACCUCGACUUCGCAGCAGCCGCAGCAGCCGACCUCCAGCAGCUCGCAGGCUUCUGUGCCGACUAGCAACCCUGGUGGCUGCACCUCUCAAAAGUGGGCUCAGUGCGGCGGCAUUGGCUUCACUGGCUGCACUACCUGCGUCUCGGGCACCACUUGCACCAAGCUGAAUGACUGGUACUCGCAGUGCACAAUGAUCAACCUGUGA